AUGCAGUGUAAAGUCCUCGCCUAUGUUGUCCUCCUGACUCUGAUAAAGCAUGUGUCUUUGAGUGAAAUUCAGGCCAGUCCAAAUACAAACGCAACCCUCCCCUGCAACGUGACGCUCUCUGCUGAGGGGGACAACAUAAACCAGUCUCUGAUCGCAGUCAGCUGGAUAAAAAAUGGCUCUGAAAUCGCCUCGUUUGGAAAAGCAGCAACGCAAAUAAAGGAAGGCUUCAGCUGGGACAACGCUGACUUCGUCAAUGGGGACUUCUCGCUGGUCGUCCUCAAAGCCAGUCUUGACCUGCAGGGGAUGUAUGAAUGCACCAUCAGCUACAACUUUACUAUUCUGCACUAUAGUAACGUUACAUUUAGUAUCGUCGUAUCUCCCACUCUCUCAGUUCCUCAUCAGUGGGUGGUGCUGGAAACUAAGACCCAGCUUAAAUGCCAUGCAGACAGUUUCUACCCUCCUCCUGUCUCGUUUUCCUGGACCAGAGCGGGGGAAGUGAUUCAACCUCCCUACCAGGUUGAAGGUGAACUGACCCCAGAUGGGUACUACAGGGCUGUGGGCAACCUGACCUUCUACCCUUCCCAUGAGGACCAGAAUGUGACAUUUGGCUGCAAAGUCUCACACAGUGGAAACUAUCAGGAGCUGGAUUUUCAGCUCAAUAUCACCCGUCCUUCCACUCUUAGGCUUUCUGUCCUGCCGACAACCUCCAAAAACUCUCCUCUUACUCUUUACUGUGACGUGGAGAGUUUCUACCCAGAGGAAGUGUCUGUGUCCUGGUAUCAAAAUGGCACAACCCUCCCUGACCUGCCUGUCACUGAGCAGAAACCAGAUGGGAGUUACAGAACCAGACGCUACUAUACUUUAAGCCCCGAGCAGAGGGCACAGCGUGGCAAGGUGGAGUGUGCCGUGAACCAGCCUGGUUUAGUGAAUCCUGUCAGUAGCUCAGCAUACCUGGACAAGCUGGAUCCUCAGAAUGAGGCCCCAGUACUGAAUAACUCGGCCAAAGCAGCCGUGGCAAUGAUGUGCAUCUCUAUUGUGCUGGUCUUCCUGCUUUGCUUUGGCUUUUCUUGGAGGAGAAGAGAUGAGAAACAGAAAUCUCUCAGCGUGUCAGGGAUCAUCCUCCCUCCCCGAGUGAUAGUAGGUCAAAAGGGGAGGGUGUCGCUGAGCAUUGAAGGCAGGAGGGUGGACCGGGUGCAGACCGCAUGGUUUCUCAAUGACACCCCUAUUUUUGACAACUCCUUCGCAGUGUCAGAGAAAGGUCCUCUGCUGCCCUCCAGAGGUGAAAUUGGUUACUACAAACUGCACACUCAGGGUCCGCUGCACUCCUCCAAAAACGGCACUCAACAGCUGAUCUCCUCGCUCACCUUCAUCCCCAAGAUUUCAGUCCACAAGGGCGCUGUGUUUAAGUGCCAGGUGUCCUACAUAGGCAAGGACAAGAUCAUGGAGGAGAGGGUGUCGGAGAAGUUCACUGUUCUGUUUAACCUGUUUGUCCAUUGAUGACAUUUCCAUCUUCCAGAUGUCAUCAGCCUGACAGUCCGAGCGUCCCAUUUCCAUCCAGACGUCAUCACUUUCCGCUGGUUCUGCCAGGGCGGUGAGCUCAGCCCCGUGGCGUCUCAGGCCUCGUCCUCCCCUCGGCCAAAUUCGGAGGGAUUCUUUUCAGCCUACAGCCAGUGUAAACUUCCCCGCGCUGAACUGGAGAAAGGAGCAACUAAAGUGUGGGUUAGCGUCCACCACAUUGCCCUGAAGCAGCCCAUCACCCGGGAGACCAGAGGAUUCAUCAGGAGGCCGUGCGUGUCUGAAAUUGUCAGCUCCACCGUUUCCCAAGAUCAAACUCUGGGAUGUGAAAUCACAGAUUUCUACCCUCCGAACAUUUCAGUGACUUGGCUCAGAUUCAGGGAGGGAGAGCAAGAUGAUGGAGAGGAGGAGGUGAUAGAGGGAGGAGAGAUAUGGGGCCCCAUACAGACUGAAUCCAGACGCUACAGGGCGACAGCCACUCUGAAGAGAAGGGCAACAAAUCAGGAGAAAAUUGACAAAAGAGGAGGGAUUAUUUGUAGAGUCAGGCACUGUUCCCUACAGGAUCCUGUUGAGAAACACUGGAGAAAUGCUGACAUUGAAACAAAAGCGGCAGUCACAGACCCCGACAUCGAAGGAAUACAGUACAUCGACGAAAACGUGGAUGAGGAGAAUAACACCAUAGACAGGGACGAGGACUCGACGUCAGACGUGGACGAGGACGGCGAGAAGGACGGAGAGGACGACCCGAGCGCGCUGCACAUCAAUAAGGUCAACUUGAGCAGGGUUCUCAAAGAAAACGAGAGGGCACGUCUGAGAGUCUGCGUGGAGAUCACGCACCCUGCUCUCAAGCUUCCUGUUUACCGGACAUGGACAGGUGAACACUUAAGCCCUCCUCCUCUUGAAGUAACCCCAGUGGAUCCUGGCAGCGCCGUUUCAGAGCAGCGCUUCGGUAUCUGUCACAAAGUUCUACGAAGAUGGUCAGAGAGUGACCGAGGAGGAAGCGUGAAGAUGGACCCUGAAAGUCCCGUGUCCCGCAUGGAGAGAACUUUGUGGACAGUCUGGUACUACAUAACUGGAGCUGUAAACAGAUUCAUCAGGCCACAGCCCGCUGACACUGUCAACAAUGACCCAAACACAAAUCAGGAAUCUGCAGCUGAAAUCAAGCACCCUUCCUCUGACUCAGCAGAGGGUGACAGUAGCAGAGGAGGUGUCGAGGAGGAGCAGCUUGUCGCAACAUCCUCUCUGCUGAGCUCGUCUCGCCCCGUUGUCGAAUGGGAACUUUGCACCACAGAAAUCGACUUAGGGGUUGAUGAAGAAAACAUGCAGUACAAAACCCAGCUGAGAAAAGUCGACGAGAGCAAAGAGGAUGGUGAGGGCAAGAGAGAGGAACAGCGCGGCAAGACAGGAAAUGAUCAUUCAAAUGGUUCAAGAGCAAAAGAAGACGAACGAGAGACGAUGGAGAUCGAAAAAAUGCACACUUGUGCAGGACUUGCAGGGCCUGGAAAUGAUGAACAUGAACAUGCCGCUUCUGGACCACAACAUUUUUCCGAGGUUGCAAUAUGCCAAGAAACAACUGAGGAGGAAACUGAUGCUGAGAAUGCAACGGUGAGAUUAGGGUUGCCUGGUGAUCAUCCAACAAAGGAGGAAAAAAUAAAAGAAACCCAAGUAAAAGAAGAAAAGGAUCAAACGCAUGAUAAAGAGAAGGAAGACCUUGAAGCAGAAGACACUGAGAGAAAAGAAGAAGAUGAUGAUAAACUGCGCAGUGAAGAUGAGCGAGAGUUAAAAGCAGAAAACGCUGAGGUAAAAGCAUGCAUAGCUGCAGGUAUAAGUCCAGAUGAUAUGGAUCACAUGCAGAAAGGAGAGGGAGAGGUACAGGAGCAUGAUGCAGUGUCAUUGGAUGAUCAUUCAGGAAGGGAGGAACUUGUUAAAGAAACCCGACUGAAGGAAGAAAAUGCUAAAGCAGAUCAUGAAGAGGAACAAGAUUCAGAAGCAGAAGCCACUGAAGUAACAGAGGAAUAUAAUAACAUGCACUGUGAUGAUGACAAUUUGGUAGCAGAAAACAACGCGUUCAAAGUAUGCAUGACAAAAAGUCCAAAAGAGGAGGAUUACGUACACGAAGGGGAAGGAGAGGUACAAAAGAUUGAUGUGGUGACACCAGAUCAUCAUCCAAGAGAGGACCAAAUUAUCAAAGACACACAAAUAAAGGAAGAAGAUGAUACACUUCACAAUGAAGAAGAGCAAGAUUUAGAAGCAGACACAGAGAUAAACGUGUGCAGUAUCAAAGAUAUAAGUUCAGAAGAUGAGGCUCAUACGUACGAAGGAGAGGCAGAGGUACAGAAGAAUGAUGCAGUGACACUGGAUGAUCAUCCAAAAGAGGAUAAAAUUACUGAAGAAACUCAAUUAGGAGAAGAAGAUGAUAAAAUGCAGCAUGAAGAUGAACAAGAUUUAGAAGCAGAAGACACUGAGAUAAAAGUGUGCAUAACUACAGAUAUUAGUCCAGUACUGGAUGAUCACAAGCAGGAAACAGAAGCAGAUUUACAGAAAACUGAUACAGCGACACUGGAUGAUCAUCCAAGAGAGGAUGAAACCAAAGACACUCAAUUAGAUGAAGAAGAUGAUAAACUGCAGCAUGAAGAUGAACAAGAUUUGGAAGCAGAAGACACUGAGAUAAAAGUGUGCAUUAGCACAACUUUAAGUCUAAAUGAUGAUGAUAAUGGUCACCUGCAGGAAAUAGAGUCUGAAGUACAGAACAAUGAUGCAGUGACACUGGAUGAUCAUCCAAGAGAGGAUAAAAUUACUGAAGAAACUCAAUUAGAAGAAGAAGAUGAUAAAAUGCAGCAUGAAGAUGAAAAAGAUUUGGAAGCAGAAGACACUGAGAUAAAAGCGUGCAUUAGCACAAGUUUAAGCCUAAAUGAUUAUGAUAAUGAUCACCUGCAGGAAAUAGAGUCUGAAGUACAGAAGAAUGAUGCAGUGACACUAGAUGAACAUCCAAGAGAGGAUGAAACCAAAGAAACCCAGUUAGAGGAAGAAGAUGAUAAACUGCAGCAUGAAGAUGAACAAGAUUUAGAAGCAGAAGACACUGAAGUACCAGAAGAAGAUGAAAAAACAAACUAUGAAGAUGAACAGCAUUUAGGAGCAGAGGGCACUGAGGUCCAACUGUGCAAAACUACAGAUAUAAGUUCCGUACUGAAUGAUCACAAGCAGGAAACAGAGGCUGAGUUACAGAAAACUGAUACAGCGACACUGGAUGAUCAUCCAAUAGAAGAUGAAUUGUUCAAAGAAAACAACUUAAAGGAAGAAGAUGAAAAAAUAGAUCAUGCAGAUGAACGAGAUUUGGAAGCAGAAGACACUGAGAUAAAAGUGUGCAUUAGCAUCAGUUUAAGUCCCGAUGAUGAUGAUAACCAUCGCCUGCAGGAAAUAGAGUCUGAAGUACAGAAGAAUGAUGCAGUGACACUAGAUGAACAUACAAGAGAGGAUGAAAUUACUAAAGAAACCCAGUUAGAGGAAGAAGAUGAUAAAAUGCAGCAUGAAGAUGAACAAGAUUUAGAAGCAGAAGACACUGAAGUACCAGAAGAAGAUGGUAAAACAAACUAUGAAGAUAAACAGCAUUUAGGAGCAGAGGGCACUGAGGUGGAACUGUGCAUAACUACAGAUAUAAGUUCCGUACUGGAUGACCACAAGCAGGAAACAGAGGCUGAGUUACAGAAAACUUAUACAGCAACACUGGAUGAACAUCCAAGAGAUGAAAGCAGAGAAACUCAAUUAGAGGAAGAAUAUGGUAAACUGCAGCAUGAAGAUGAACAAGAUUUAGAGUCAGAAACCGUUGAGGCAGCAGAGGACAAUGAUAAAACCGACACUGAGGUGAAAGUGUGCACAGGUACAGAUAUAAGUCCAGAAGAGGAGGCAGAGGUACAGAAAAAUGAUGUAAUGACACUGGAAGAUCAUCCAAUGACAGAUAACAUUAAAGAAACUGAGGUAAAGGAAGAAGAUGAUAAAAUGCAGCAUGAAGAUGAACAAGUUUUAGAAUCAGAAGCCUGUGAUGUUAUGCUACAGCUGGACUCCGAAAAUGUAAUCAAGUCAGAGGAGAAAACAAGUCAAGUUGAAAAUCAGCUCUCAGCUUUUGGAGAUCAGCCAGAUACAUCAGUGGAUACGUUCACUGUUAUCACAAAAUCUUAUGAGAUGACUCAUAGCAGUGAAAAUGAUGAAGGUGAGAAAGAGAAGUGGGUUGAGACAGAGCGGCCUGCCGCCAACGAAACAACAGAAGUGCCAGAUCUGGACGAGAACAUCGGAACAGAAGCAGAAGACACUGAAGGAGAAAAUCUUUUAACUGAAUAUGAUUUAUCUGGUAGAGAAGCUGCACUGAAGACUGCUUCACAGCUGCACACAGCUGGAUUCACAGAUAAAUACGAGGAGGAUAUGAGAGUCCCAGGAGUGCAGACCAAAACUAGGCAGACCGGUGUGACAGUAACAGAUAUUUCAGCAGAAGAGAGACUCAUUGACCAAGAAAAAGAGGAGAGCGUCUCCAGUGAAUCCUACACCGGGGAAUUUUACAACGAAAUUAUAGAUUCAAGCACCUCAGUUACAGUAAAGCCCAAAGGCGAGACUACGCAGGAAACGGACGAAGAAUUUAAAAACACUCUCCCGGGGAUCAGUGAAGGCCAGUGUGCCGUGCUGCAGGAACUAAAUACUCCAACAUGUGAGGAAAUUCAAGAGGGAGUUUCCAAAUAUAACAAUGAGCUUCAGGGGGCCGAUGAAAAUAUAACACAAAGGUUCCUGGAAGCAGGAGAUUGUGAGGAAAUCCCGGCAACUCAAUUACCAGAAGAGGUGGAGAGCGGAGAUCAGGAGAGCCUUGAAAACAGUGGCUACAGGACUGGAGCUGACUAUUUACUGCUGAAGGAGUCCAUGGAAGAGAAACAAGAAAGCAAAGAAGAGACUGAGACGAGCUUUGGUUUGUUUGUGGAGGAGCACGAAGGAACACCGGACCUUGAACUAGAGGCAGAGAGAAAAAUUGUUGAAGGAGUAAUUCAAGAAUCGGGACUUGACAAAGAAGAAGGAAAAUUACUGACAAGUUCAAUGAAGACAGAGGUGACUGGAACACAUGUUGGUUUAGUGGACGAGACUGAAAGGAGAUCAGAAGGGCUGCAUGAUGGUGGCAGAGGAUCUACAGGAGGUGAAACAAGAGAAGCGGUUGCAGCAGCAGAAGUGGUUGGAUUCGUCAUUCAGGAGUCAGUAGCAGCCAUAAAGUUGGACCAAAGCAUCAGCAGGCCGUUAAGUUUACAAGAAGACACGAGUGAGUAUGGGUUUGUGAGACCCUUAGCUGAAACUGAGCCUAUAUCAGUUGAUGAUAGCUCUGUUGAAAUGCGAGAUAAAGCCAUUGAAAGAGAAGGAAGGGGUUGUGAAGAUGAAGAGGAGGAAGCAGAAGAUGGAAUCCAGACCUUAAAUGAAAUGGAUCUACAGAUAACUAAAGAAACAGCAGGUGAGCUAAUCACAGAAAGAGGAGGAAAAGAGAUUCCUCUGAAUGCAGAAUUGGAAAUAUCUCAACACUCUGAGACUCUGGAGAUAAACAAUCAGUCGCCACACAGAGCACUUGAGAUAAGUGAGACACAAAUAAUAGUAGCUGAAACAGCUGACGAGCCCAGACCAGAGGAUUUGCCAGUGAUGUCAUCAGAGGAAAAAGGUGGUUCAGUCAGUGGACAUCAAGAUGUGAUUGAUGAAGAAAUCCUUGACUUGUGGAUUGAGGCAGUGAUGUCAGAGGACACUGAUGAGAUUAAACAAGAAGAGCCCAAGCCAGGGCAGCUAUUGGACGCCAAAACAGACACUUUAAAUAAAGAGCGAGGUGAAAUAUCAACAGAGAAUGAGAAAGUGUCACUAGCAGAGGCCAUUUGUAAGGAAUCUGAGGCAGUAAGUGACACAGAAAUGUCUUCAUCAACUGUGGAAUCUGGAUUUUUGGACCAGUCUCUCAGCCAAUCGUGUAUUCAGAGUAGCGAGACUCAGCUGCUGGAAUCAACGAGCACUGACUCACUCCAGGGGAUCCAUGACCUGGUGGCUAGCGUGUCCACAGACAUCUUUGGUGUUAUCGCACAGCCUCAAACUCAGGACUUACUGACAGAGGAAUCAGCCGAGGCAGAGAAAGAAUCGGUCGCUGAUAUAGAAGCUCAAUCACAUCUGAAUCAGGAAUCUCAAGAAAAAGCAGAAGAAAGAGCUGAAACAUUAGAGACUGAAAGUGGAUCACAGAAAGCGUAUGAGGAUGUUGAAGAAGCAGAUGUAACAACAAUGACAACACAGAGCGCUCCUUCGCAUGACAAGAAGGUAGAAGCUGAGGAGGAGCAUCUUGAGGUAACUGCGUCUGAUUCUUCAGAUGAACUCAAACCCGCUGAGUCUGAAGAAUCUGAAAGCGACUCACAAAGUGAACCUGAGAAGGACCCACUGAACUUGUCCUCACUGAAUAGACCACAGCCUGCACAUUCAUCCUUAUUCCCUGUGCUAAACGAGGCCCAGGUAGCCGAAGAGCCAACAAUCGAAUAUGAGAAUAAGGUGGAUGGCCCUGUGCUGGACUUUGCUGUGCAAAGGUCACGAAUUGCUGUUAAGAACCCUCGUGUAAGGCCACCUAAAAAUCCCCGCUCCCUGCUCCAUAUGCCCUCGGAGGAACCCACACCCACACCUACACCAUCUUCACGUUUUCCGGUCAAACUCCCUGGAGGUGUGCCUUUAGGAGGCAUAGGUAUUGGAAUAAAACUCCCUGGGCUCGGUGCUGGAUUUCCUGUUUUAAAAAAGACACAGCGGGCAGUGAGAGACGAAAAUACCCAAGAAACAGUGUCACAGGAACCUGAAACAAAGCCAGAGGAGAAGAACAACGAUCCCCCACAGGAGGAGGAGGAGGCACCGAAGAAGCCUAAAUGGAUGCCACCAAAACAUCCCGGAGGAUUUGGAAAUCCCCUAAUGGCAGAGCUAAAGACCAAACUGAAGAAAACACCAAAGGAGUGAGAAGCUCAAUGGCUGCGUGCAAAUACCUGAAUGUAAUAUACAUAUGGUUUUAUUUUUGUGUACCGAGAAAUUGUUCUUUAUGUCCCCUACUUGUUCAGUGUAAUUUGUAAAAUAAAG